AUGGAGAACGACGAGGAGCUAUACAUGGAAGUUCCAGCGACGCUGAAAGAAGCCCUGGAGGAUAUAAUUCGCAGCGAGCGAAGAGACUCGUCAAUUCUACCGAACGCAGCCAAAAUGCACAAGAGCCUUGCAAAAGGAAAUCAAGCGUGCACGCUACGCAAGGCGAUUUACGGAUUAAAACAAUCCGGGAAAAAGUGGUACAAGCGACUAAGCGCAGUACUCAGGAAAUUAGGGUUAAAACCCAAAAUAUCAGACCCGUGUUUAUUCCAACGUCGACAUGGACGAGGAAUUUUAUUGUUGGCAGUCUACGUGGAUUAUUUAAUAGUAACGUCGAACAACGAGAAGUUGAUGGAGGAUCUGAAGAAGGGACUAAAACAGAAGUUCCAGAUGAAUGAAUUGGGUGAGGCGAAAUAUUGCCCUGAAAUCACGCAAGAAAACGGACGUGAGCUUGAAUCAAAGGAAAUAUGUCGAAGAACUUCUGAAAAGAUUCGGCAUGAUCACAUGCACACCGCAGAAUACACCAGCAACUCCAACAUCAAGGUUGAAAGCAGCCACAGAACCGACGAAACCGUCGAAGAAUCCACACUACCAGGAGCUAGUGGAAUCACUAAUGUAUUUAGCCGUAGCGACGAGGCCGGAUAUCGCGCACAGUGUAAGCGUGCUUAG